AUGCACCCGCAGCAGCGGAUGAAGCAGGCCGCCGCGGCGCAGCAGCAGCAGCAGCUGAUGCAGCAGGCCCUGCUCCUGCAGCAGCAGCAGCAGGCGCAGCCGCCCUUGUUCCCCGGGCACCACCACCCGCACCCCGGCCUCCUCGCCGCGCCACAGAUGGAGCCCAUAGUUAGUGGAAACCUGCCUCCUGGGUUUGAUUCGAGUACAUGCCGCAGCGUGUAUGUUGGCAAUAUCAAUCUUCAAGUGACGGACGCAGUACUGCAGGAAGUCUUCCAAAGUAUUGGUCCAGUAGAAGGGUGCAAGCUCAUCAGAAAAGAAAAGUCAUCCUUUGGUUUCAUUGACUAUUAUGACCGCAGAUAUGCUGCACUAGCAAUUUUAUCUCUCAAUGGCAGACCACUGUAUGGUCAGCCGAUAAAAGUUAAUUGGGCAUAUACAAGUACUCAGAGGGAGGAUACAUCAGGUCAUUUUAAUAUUUUUGUUGGGGAUCUUUGCCCAGAAGUCACUGAUGCUACUUUGUUUGCAUUUUUCUCUGGAUACUCUACCUGCUCAGAUGCUAGGGUUAUGUGGGACCAGAAAACAGGACGAUCCAGAGGGUUUGGUUUUGUUUCUUUCAGGAACCAGCAGGAUGCUCAAAGUGCGAUAAAUGACUUGAAUGGGAAGUGGCUUGGCAACCGUCAAAUUCGUUGCAAUUGGGCAACGAAAGGUGCUAGUGCUGGUGAAGAGAAACAGAUUGUGGACUCCAAGGUUGACCUGACAAAUGGCACAUCAGAAUCUGGAAAAGAGAAUCUAAAUGAAGAUGGUCCUGAAAGUAACCCUCAGUUUACUACUGUCUAUGUUGGCAAUCUUCCUCACGAGGCUACCAACAAUGAUGUGCACAUGUUUUUCCAUUCACUUGGGGCUGGCUCAAUUGAGGAAGUCCGUGUAACUCGUGAUAAAGGCUUUGGCUUUGUAAGGUACAGCACCCAUGAGGAGGCUGCACUGGCAAUUCAGAUGGGUAAUGGCCAACUUAUUGGCGGGAGGCAGAUAAAGUGUUCCUGGGGAAGCAAACCGACUCCACCAGGGACAGCAUCCUCGCCUCUGCCUCCUCCAGCACUGGCAACAUUCUCCACUGGAGUGUCGGCGACAGAUUUCAUGGCCUACCAGCGCCUGGCCCUGAGCAAGAUGGCCACGAACCCAGCAUUAAUGGGUCAGCACGCCUUGAAGCAUGUCGCUGCACUGGGGAUGGGUGGUGGAGCCAGCCAGUCCAUCUAUGACGGCGGCUUUCAGGGCAUCAAUACUGCCACCGCCACAACCUCCGCCCAGCAACAGCAGCAGCAGCAGCUCAUGUACUACUAG